CAUACUAAGGAGAACUUAUUCAACGUCAACACCGUAUUUCAUUCAUGCUAGCCUAAUGGCCUACCCCAAUCCGACACCACCUCCGGGGAAUUUUGCCAUGGAUUCACCUGUUCUUUAGUUUCGUUGAACUUUUCACUGAGUUUUUUUUUUUUUUCAUUUUGAAAGCAGACAGCGUCACGGAUCGACGUGCAGAUACCGUCUGUUGCAUAGUUCGAAGUCAAAAUAAUGAGGUUAGACGUACACAUCGUAUUGCUGCUUUCAGUGGUACAGCUCGUCUCUUCAAGCUGCUGGUUUUCACAUGGACCUUGUAUUGAUGGAAACAAAGAAUACAAUGUUGGUGAUAGGUGGCGAUUGAAAUAUGAUGAUCAUUGCGAAGAUUGUUCAUGUGUUAAAAGCGGGUUUGCCUGCUGUUCAAUUCCUUACCCUGUGGAUAUACCAAAGUCCUGUGCGGCCAUCUUUGAUGACAAGAAGUGUAAAUACCACGUGGUGAGACGAGAUAAGCCAUGUAUUCCAUGUUCAAGACCUGUGUCGUAUGUUGGGAAAUAAUCCAUGUAUUUAUUAAAUAUUAAACAAGAUCUGUACAAUGUGUGUAAAACGUCUGAACCUGAACUUCUCUACGCCGAUUAAAAAAGUAAACAUGGAAUGGCUCCGUCUUAUUAUAAAGCGUUAUAUAUACAACAAUAUGUUGCUAAACUAAUAAUGGGCCUCAGUGCCUGCCUUAACGAGGUUGAUUUAUUGAUUUCAUAAUAUAUUGCCAAUAUCAGGAUAUAAAGUCAAGAAUAAAUAUUGAUCUACAACUCUGCUUGCA